AUGUGCGAUUCUUUCGAAAUGGCAUGUCGUGAUUCCUCAAAUGCACUCCAGUUGAACAUUAAAGUUAACAGCGAAAAUUUAUUACCCCAUUCGCAAAAGUACAACGUAAGCUCCUUAAGAGUCCCUGACGAUCCAUCGUGGCCGAAAAUACCGCAACGAAAAUUAAUCGACGAUUUGGACGAUAUUAUCGAACCACCAUGCGUCGUCACUCUGACCGGCACACCGAGAAAAAGUCGGUCGACUGUACGACCAUCGAACUCUCAUCAAUCGUCGCGAUCAAAUUUCAUGAGAGCAGAUCAAGUACCAGCCUCGUUACAUCCGAGUAUUUAUCAGAAAACUCAAACCUCGAGUCAGCCCGCAAAACGACGACCUGGCUGCGCAGAUCCACGUUUCAAAAAUUUUAUCAGAGUAACAACAGUCAAAAGUCAGAUGACCUCGACGGAUCCACCAGACCGCAAUAAUCAUACGGAAUCGAGUCGUUCGGCAGUCGUUAUACCAAAUCAGACUCAAUCGAUACUCGAAAAUGUACGGAAGACUGUACCGGAAAAAGACACCGACGCACCGAAAGUGAAUCAACGAGAGGCCGAAAAGCCAGGUGAAAUAAGAGGGAUGGAGAGUAUCGGGGUCCAAACAGUAAAGAGCGAGCAAGUGCCGGAUCAUCCGAGUAAAGAUAAAUCAAAGAAUUCCGAAGUUUCGGAAGAUACGGAAAAAUUGAAAGAAACGAUGAAAUCUGAAGAUGAAGUUAAAACGGAGACGAAAAAUGUCAAAAGUACAUGCGACGACGAGUGCUGGAAAAAAGAGGAAACAGGCGAGAGAUGUUUGAGCGAAGGAGCAAAUGCCGAUGGUGAAUCUCAAGCCGGUAAGAUAAAUGCUGGAAAAGAAAGUCGAGGGGCAGAUUUGUCGUCUGAUUUAAAAGCUCCUAUCACUCCUCAUUUGGAAACGUCUUGUUUGCAAUGUUGCAACAACACCGGCCAGCUGUUUUUGGUCGUCGAAAACAAAGCUCCAACGACGCCUGUCCGGCCUGCUGCGAUGCAAAUGGAUUCGAAGCCUCCCCUUUCUUCCUGUGAAUACACGACGCAAUGUUACAACGUCCAAGUGCCAGUACUGAGCUACCAAAAUUUACCGCUCCAAAUAUCGACCCAACAAGCUCAAAAAGUCGAAAUGUCACUCGGCCCUGUUUUAACGAUUCCUUCGACGCCGGCGAUUAACGGUCAUCAUCUUUAUCACCACCAUCAUCAUCAAUUGGACCUGGCGAAAGCUAAUUUUUCGAGAAUAACGGAAGCUCCCGAGUGCUUGAAUAAAGAGAAACCUUCGGAUGUCGUUAAAGUCCCAAACGACGCAGACACGUCCGAGACGCUUCGGCGGACCGAUAAAAAAGAGAGCAGCAGUGCCGACGCAGAUCGCAUCGACGACGAAGUCGAGGCCCAUAGAAUGCGAAAAACUAUGAGAACGCCACCUGUCAAGUUGGAGCGUAAACCCGAAAUAAUAUCGGAGAGUUACAAAGCCUCGCGUGUCCCUCACUUAUUGUCGUCGGACACAACGGAUUCGGAAUUUUAUGAUUUGGGUAUGAAACAAUCGAAGGCGUCUCGUGCACAUAUUUAUUCGAAAGGAACGAGCGGCUCCGGUUCGGAUUACGAGAUGACAGCGAACUCUCAAUAUCACGGAGCCGGCGAGCUCGAUCCUCAAACGAAAAAAAAAAAAAGAAAUCCAACGUACCGCUCGACGCGGACGAGUCAAGAAGUUUAUUCCCAGAAUUACGAUAAUAAUUCGCAGACCGAGGCGUCGAGGCGGGUUCAUCGGAAAAUGAAAUCGGAACAAAACUUGUCUCAUUCCUCUGCGUUCGCUGGUAAAAAUCACAUUUCCGAUCCAUACAUUACCGGGCGGCGAGAAGCGUAUGGAUUCAUCAAAGAGGGGAGCAAAGACAAGGACAGACUCGACGAAGAAACCGCUCGAGACAACACCGAUCUUACAACGGACGAGCUCGAUUCCGAUAUUCCGAACAUUACCGAUUGUUGCGAGACCCGCAGAACCGACAUUUCCAACGUCGACCAAAUAAUGAAUAACGAAACGACGACGCUAACGGUUAACGAGACUACGGUUAUACCUGUCAAAACACAACGAUUGUUGAACAAAAGUUACAUGGAGUAUUACGACAAAUUAAGGUCGAACAAUUUUAUGGAGAGUACACAACAACGUUACAUGAGCCAGAUGGCAAUGGGCGCCCCACAAUUGAAGAAACGUCGCGCUGAGAUAAGCUCGGAGGUUGGCAAAAUCAUUGAAGAAAAGCAGGAAGCUAAAAGCGAAGUACUUACGAUGGAAAAAUUCUCAGCAUUAUCGAACAUAAUAAAUCGUAAUUUGAAUUCAGCGUUGCGAAAUUCGAGCGAUCCGAUGCAAACGAAACAGUUGUACGUAAACGAAAAUAUGAAAUCAUCUGCGAUGCCAGCAACGCAUGUUACACAAAAGCCUCAUAUCGUGAGACGAAUGUCGGAAAAUACUGCUGAUCUUUAUGACAGCUCUGGGGCAUCUUUGACUCUGGCCAAUAAAGUUAAACGUAAGCGAGAAAAACCCGUCGAGAGAAGACUCUUGAAACGUAAAACUAUCGCAUUUUUUGGCGUCAUAAUGUACGUCACGAUAGUUGUAUUGCCGAUGAUGUACACAUAUUUUUUAUACGACGAGUACGAAGACUACGAAGAUUUGUCAUACAUUGAAUUGCUGCUCGAAUAUGUUGUGUCUUCGUUCAGAGAAGCAUUCGGGGGAUUUUUCGACUCGAUACACGGAGUAUUAUUCCAACCGCGCACCUGUAGGAAAUGUAACAGCGCUCCUUAAACUCGCAGUAUCGACAGUUAUGUUAUCCGGUAUAUUUUUCAGAUUUUAUUAUUAUUUUGUAAACGUGUUUUUCAUUCGUUUUGUUUUGUGGUUUCAUGUGCUUUGAUAUUAAAAAUUCACUCUACACCGAAAAUAUUGUUUCGAGCACAUGUUCAAGUAUCUGCAGGAUAUUAUUGUGUGUACUUGGGAAUCAUUCCUGGAAAUCGAUUUUUUUCCCCAUUUUUACACACAUAUUCUUGAACAAGAAGUUCAACUUCUUGAAAAAUAAUGGUUUGGAAAUCAAGGAGCGCGCUUCUUUCGCAAUUAUUUCCAACAAUAUUGACGGCGAAAAAAUCCGAGUCGCUUUAAGAAUACACUCGAUGAAAAAGCACUGCUCUCAACUUCAACAUUAUGCGCGAAUUUAUCGCCGCCAGCGUAUAGCGACGAAUAGCCAAUAG